AUGGCUUACAUGGGCAGAUUGGCGCGGCUUUGGUUCCUUGAGAGUCUCACUGUCAACUUCUCGUGUCUCAACGCGCCCGCCCCCUUGGCGCCAUUCAGCUUCCCCCUCCCCGUCCAAUGA